AUGCAUAUGCUGCCUGCACUCGGAAUUAACCUAGGAGUCGACGAAGUUGACCAUGUCAACCAGAUCCUCCUCACUCUGCGCGUCGCACAGGAACCAAUGACUGCGCCCCUCUAUUUGGCAUCGCUUGUAUUGAUGUAUCAAGUUUCUAACUCGUUCAGCUCCUCACCCUUCUCCCAGUCACUUUUCAGGCAGUGUUCCUCUCUCGCAGAGACAUUCACUCAUAUCACCAAGUAUGAGUUAGGUAACAUGCAGAAUAAGGUGGUGGAUGGCACACAACCGUUCCCCGAGGACAAGCAGUCUCAGGAGUGGCAUUUCUAUCGAGUCAUCGUCGGAGUGAAUGGCUCUGGAAAGAGCACGAUCUUGAAAUUGAUCUCCCGUGUCUAUGACCCAACAGAUGGCACCAUCCUCAUCGACGACCAGGACAUCAAAACCCUUAAACUGGCUGAUCUCCGGGCUGCCAUGUCCAUCCUCUUCCAAGGCUACUCCCACUUUCCAGUCACAAUACACGAGAACAUCGGACUUGGCAACCCCGCAUUCGCAAACGGUGACGAGAAGAUCCGCGAAGCCGCCCGUCUCGGCGGCGCAGAAGAAUUCAUCGAUGAUCUCCCUGACGGACUUUUGAAGGCAUUCGGCGGCGCAAUGAGUCCUCCGUCGACUUCUCCCUUGUUUCAGUGGCGGGCAGAUGCAGCGGCUCGCAGUCUCACGCACAUUGAUGCGUUCAUUGCCCACCGAGACAGAGCCUUCCACUGUUUGACUAUUGAGCUGCCGAAGUCAGCUCUCUUCGAGCGCCUGAAAAAGUGGAGGGGCAGCAAGACCAUGAUAUUCUCCACUCACCGGUUCGGCAAACUUACCUGGCAUGCAGAUCUCAUCUUGUACAUGGACGAAUCCCCCCAGGAACAAGGCACACACGAUGAACUAAUGAGGAAAGGGGGAGAGUAUGCUCGUAUCUGGAAUCUACAAGCGAUGGAUUUCCUCUAA